CGUCACUGCAGCGGCGUGUGUGAUAUGGGGAGAGAUGGGAGAUGCCGGCUGCGAUUUGCACAUUUUGGUCGAUAAUCUUCCCACCCGGUGAAAGUCCAACCGGCCGGCCCACCGUAUAAAUAUUACUCGAUGCGACGAGGGUAAGCCACUACUUGAGUCACAUUCAGCGCAAAGAUGAGAUCGUUUCUGUUGGCGACAGUGGUCCUCGCCUUAUCCUCGCCCGCAUUCGCGGAAGAUAAAAAACCCGAAAAGCGAGGCAUCUUCAGCACCGGGUACGGCCAUGGCGGUGGCGGAGGUGGAUACGGCGGUGGUCAUGGAGGCGGCGGUGGUUACAGUAUCGGAAUUGGAGGAGGUGGUGGAUUUGGAGGCGGAGGUGGUUUCGGCGGCGGUGGCGGUGGUGGUGGAGGUGGUACCACAUCAGUCUCCACAGUAAACCAAGCCGUUCCAGUUGAGGUACCCCAGCCAUACACAGUCACCGUAAACAGACCAGUCCCUGUACCUGUUGCGGUCGAGGUGCCAGUAGAUGUACCACGUGCAGUGGUAGUGCCAGUUCCGGUACCUCAACGUGUCGAAGUACCACGUCCAUAUCCAGUAACAGUCACUCGUCCAGUGCCUGUACCACAACCGUACGCUGUGCCAGUACCAGUUGCUCAACCAUACCCGGUGUCUGUACCACAACCCUAUCCAGUAACUGUCACCAGACCAGUUCCAGUUAGAAUUCCGCAGACGGUCGUCGUGCCUGUACCACAAAUCAUUGAAGUUAGUGGUGGAGGUGGAGGCGGCGGCGGUGGCGGAGGAUUCGGAGGUGGUCUUGGAGGUGGAUAUGGUGGAGGUGGUGGCCAUGGCGGUGGAUAUGGAGGCGGACACACAAGUUACAGUUUUGGUACCAGUCAUGGCGGUGGUAGCUACGGCGGUGGACAUGGAGGUGGCUACGGAGGUGGCCAUGGCGGUGGACAUGCCAGCAGCUAUGCCAGUAUCUCCCUUGGAGGUGGUCAUCAUCACUAAGCGAUGAUACCAGAAAUACAUCAUCAUCAUACAACUGUAUCAUUCUUUUAUUAAUAUUUGUGAUACAAUGGCAAUUGUUUUUUAUGUCUUUCAUAUUGUUUAUGUACAUAUCCAAAUGUUUGAAUGAGAACACAAUGCGCACUUAAUAAAUAAAUUUAUUUCAUGGUC